AUGGUUGCAGAAAGUUUCUGUUUUACAUGGUUGUCAAUGUUAUUUUCAGCACCGACCAUGCUAUCGAAUGAAGACUUUUCGAAUCUCAGUGAUAAGGGUUUCAGUGGUAAUAUUCAAGUGCAAAGCAAUGUCAGGUCCGAUCUGGAUCAUCAAUUGGUUUCGUUGCAACUGAUGGUCAGAUAUCUAGAUAAUAUUAGCUACUCUUUCAAUAUCAGUAAUCAAGCGUUUACUCUGGGUCCAUUCUCAUGUAGUCGCGCCCCUCUGGGUGUAUUCACGUUGCUCAACCAAAGUGAGACUGUCUUUGAUUCACUCAGUUAUAAACUGGUUACAGUGUUAGAGUACGAUUUCAAUCCAGAGAAUCCACCAAACUUACUGACCUGCACUCUUGACAGUGUUCCAGGACUGUCGUGCCAAAUAGUAGUGAUCGAUGUCCGCCAUUAUUUUGUAUAUGUAACUCUGAUGACAACGCUUGUCGGUCCGAUACCAGCGAAAAUCCCUAUCGAUAUUUACUAUGUAUCUUCAGCGAUGCAAAUCGAAGUCGAUAAUCGAUUUCCAUUUUUACAAAGGAGCACUACUAUUAUCGAUCAUCUCAAUUCCUAUCCGCCAACCGCACAAUCAUUCACAACCGACACUCCGGAGGAAAUUGUAGAAGUAAUAACCGUGGUAGAGGCAUCCGAUGUCAGUUCAAUUUUUAUGUCGAUCGGUCCCGACGGUUAUGUUCCAUACCCAUUGGCAUGGGUGAACGACACCUCGAAUAAAUACAUCAGAGUCAGUCCAACAAGUAGAAAUUUGACAUUCGAUGGUUACGAGGUUGACAAUCAAGCUGUUUUCAUUGCAAACUAUAAUAUUACCCUAUUUCCUCGACCUGUAAAUGAAAUCAAUGGAGUGCUAUCAUAUUAUAAUGAUCCCGAUUUCGGAGGUAUAAUAGUGGAAUAUCAACUUCCAGCAACAAGCAUCAAAAACUAUAAAUUUUCAUUGCAAAGAAAUCCCGGGCUAAACUUAGAGAUUACUGAUAUUCAACCUUAUAUUGACAAUGUUCAAGCAGUCUAUACCUACAACUUUUCACUUCCUAUCUUGUCAGAGUAUAAUGGUGAUUUUGCAGUUACACUUCCCAAUUCAGGUGCUUAUUUAUCAAUUCCAAGCAAUUUACCUGAAUCACUUAUGACAAUAUAUAAGGUAGAUGUAUUUAUUGUAUCGGAUGCCGAGUUUGUAGCUAGAUUCAAUAUUACUUCUAGAUAUCCUAUAUUUAAGAUUUCUGUAAGCACCAUGUAUACUUUGAAUGCAGGAGAAUCGCUAGUAUAUGGAGAUCUUAACAAUGGAAUAUUCGAAGUCGUAUUCCCAAGAAUCUUUUAUAAGAAUUGUCAAUUCGAUAUAUUCGAUUCGAGAAAUACAAAAGUUUCAUUCACUAGCCCCCAAGCCUAUAAUAUUGAUAUGAUGGUUGUUCAACAGAAUUUUACAACAGCCAAAUCAAUUGUAAAUGUUUAUGAUAUUCAAUCGUUUAGAUUCAGUAAAAGUGUAAUUGAUUUUUCGAAAUCAUCAAGUAAAUCAAUCAAUGUUACAUUGUACUUUAAUUUCACUAGUUCGAAUGUAAAUGCAUUUGAUUUGCAAUUUAAUCUCCAAAAUACCAGCUUAACCUUCCCAGCCAUCUACAAUUACAGCUCCAACGAAUUUCAAGUUAAUUUCUUUGUUCCCACUGAAAUGUUACCAGGUGAAGUGCCAUACCAUAUCUACGAGAGUAAAUAUGGUCUAUUCGAUAUGCAAUCAUCUUUUAUUAAAUCAAUUGUUGGUCAAGCUGCUAAUCUAACAAUAUUACACUCAGUUGGAGAUUUGUUCCCACCAGUGUUAACAAAUAUUACUGCAUAUCCAUCUGAUAAUGUUAUGUUAGGUGGUGUCGCUCAAACUAUAGGAUGGUAUCUAACAAUAGAGGAUAGUCCAAAUGGUUUCGACUAUGGUACAGUCGAUGUAAUUUCAGAUAUGGAUAUCAAACCAAUUUCAUUGAUGUUCAAUAAGCUCAAUAGAACAACUGGCAACCCGAACUUGGGUACUUAUUUGGUUGGCUUUUAUCUAGAGAAUAGUACUGUCACUCAGACUUUCAAAUUGACCAAUUUGAAACUCUAUGAAAUCAGUCUUGCCAAGCCUAAUUAUAUGUUGGUAGAUCAUUUGUCAUGGGUAUUUGGUAAAUACGAUAUUCAAAAGUCAAUUUUAGUUGAAAAUACAAUUGAAUUUAAAACUAAUAUCUAUUUAUCAAAAAUAAUAAUAGCACCAAUUGACUUAACUCCACCUGAAAUUUCAUUAUUUUAUUGUACUCCUGCAGUUGAUGUUGGUUCGCCGAUGAGAGUGGUCGAUUUCAAAUUGGUGCUUCAAGACAACUUGGUUGGUUUAUCCAGUACACAUAUUCCUUAUGUUCUUUUGACACCAGACAAUGCAGAUCCAAUUAAAUAUCAACUGCAACCUGAAGGAAAAACCUUAAAUGCUUUCAAUGGUUCCUUUAGCUUACCAUUUGGUUUCUCCACAAAGAAUAUCUUGGUAUCGGUUCAUGGCAUAGUCGAUCUCAACUUGAAUAGCAGAUCAUAUACAUCUACCGAUCUAAAGAACGCAGGAUUCAACUAUUUCAUUAAGAGAAACUUCACUCUGAAUACACCAAUCUUAGAGUCAGCUAGACCUAUCAGUACGGAUGGAGGAUCGCUUACUCUCUUUGGAAAGGCAUUCGGAGUAUUUAGAGAUCAGCUUAGUGUCACUGUCAAUUAUCUUGACCAAAGAGGUACCAAGAAUUUUAAUGUUAAUUUCGCCUCUGGUGGUAUUAUUCAGACUGUUGAUAUUGGCAAUAUCAAUGCCUCUGUUAUCAAAGUACACGUUACAUCGCUCACUACCAACAAACAAUCCCAGGAUAUAUUGAUAUAUCCAUACAACUACAUCCCACCACCACCAAAGCCAACAUCGAAUCCUUCGAAUAUAUGUCCUGGUACUCCACCUUGCAACAACCGUGGAGACUGUACUCCAAGUGGCUGUCAAUGCCAAGCAUCUUGGACAGGUCCAUCCUGUUCCUCCCAAACCAUUGUCAUUCCAACACCUACACCACAACCAGAUCCAUCAACAGGAACCAACAUUGCCGAUAAUAACAACAACGUUACAUCAAUGAUUAAUGUUGUCGAAGUAAGAGAAAUCGAUGAUUUAGAUCAAAUCGUCCAAACCUUUAAUAUAUCACAAUGGAAUUUCACUGAUCAAUCGAAAUCGAUGAACAAUCCAAGUUAUCUUUACAGUUCACAAUUAGAACGAACAACCACCAACAUCAACGUAACAAUCACAUACUAUCAAAAUCAAACAAAUAUCACAUUUGGUGAAUCAACACUCAACAUUCAAGCAUCAUCAAUCAAAUAUUCAAUUGAACUUUCAAAGUUUAAUUUCACCAAGAGCACCAACCUUUUGCAAGUCGUUUUGGAAGCAACAAUCAAAUCAAACAACAAAGAUUCUUGUUCAUCAACACAGUUUGGAAGUGAAGAUGGUUCAAAAGAUGAUGUUAAAUGGAUAAAGAUGAAUAUCGAUAAACUCAGUCUUUAUGGAAGAUUCAUUGAUUUCGGUAUCAUCGACGACAAACCAACAAAGAUCACCAAUAGAAUCAUUGACGAUGAAGAUGACAAUGAAAGUGAUUCGUCACAAUUCAGAUCGAUCAAAGUUGGAAUUACACUCCCAGCCUAUGACAACAUCGCACUUUUAGAUCCAGAUUUCUCGAAUUUGAUCGAUGUCGAAACUGACAGUUCGAUUUCAUAUCUUUGUAAAUCAAAAGGUGGACUGAGUAAUGGUGCAAUUGCUGGUAUUGUUGUUGGUGGUGUUGUAUUUUUAUCAAUUGUCAUUGCAGGUUCAGUGUUCCUCCACAAAAGAUUAAAGUCAGAUAGAGAGGAUAAGAGAAUGUCUCAAAAACUAAGAGCUAUUAAAUAA